AUGGUUUCUUGGUCUACAAUCAUUAGUCUCUUGAUUAAUGCCAACAUAAUAUUAUUGAAUGCUAUUCCGGUCAGAGAUACACCUCCACAACUGUUUGGUUUGAUGUAUGCUGAAGAAACCAAAAGCUCACGAGAACGAUACCAGCUUAAACAUGAUGAAACAAAUCCGAACUCUUCAAUGUAUAUUUAUGAUUACCAUAAUGAAGGAGAUGCUAUAUAUGUGGUAAUCAGUAUUUCUAAAAAGGACUUGGAGUUUGUAGACAAUUAUCAGAUCAAACCUGUUAUAUGCUUAAUCAACUACAGCAGUCAUGUGCCUUUAGCUUUAUCCUAUGACUUGGAUUUUACGUUAUCCGCAGAGCUUGUUAAUCAAUCGUGGUAUUGGUUACCACCUUCAUUAAAUGCGAGUACAAAUAUAUCAGUUUAUAUAUUACCAAAAUUAGUGGGACUAGACUAUUUGGUAUUUUGGAUUCGUCAAGCGAAACCAAAGCAUGGAUAUAUUAGUCCUACUCCUUGGUUUGCCAAUAAUUCUGAGACCCUCAGGAAGCAAUAUUUCGACAGUUUAGUAAUUGACUAUCGACUCAAUGUCUCUUUAUAUAAUAACCAGGAUUAUAAUGAUGACAACAAUAAAAACAACACAAUGGGUUUUCCCGUAAUUGUAACUGCAGAUAAAGGCAUUGGUCAUCUAGUUUUCCGUAUCAUCGUCAUAAUCAUGGUGACUGUAUUCACAUUCACAAUGGGGUGUGAUUUGGAAGUUCCUUUGAUCCUGCAUCAUUUCAAAAGACCCAUUUCUGUAUCAAUUGGGUUCUUUUGUCAAUUUUUUUUUAUGCCAUUGAUUGCGUUUGGUAUCGCAAAAAUUAUACCAAUUAGGUCGGAUUUUGGCUUUGGUUUACUUACUAUUGCUUGUUCUCCAGGUGGUGGUGCCAGUAAUGGUUGGUGUCUUCUACUCGGAGGUGAUAUUAACUUGAGUAUAUUAAUGACAUUCAUUAGUAGUUUAUCGGCUCUUUUCAUGAUGCCUCUUCUUCUAUUCAUCUACGGUCGAUUCUUCAUUGAUGUGACCAAAAUAAAAAUUCCAUACGUCAAUAUUGUCUUCCAGUUAUUACAAGUAGCUAUACCCGCAUUAAUGGGUUUAGGUCUACGUAUAUGGAAACCGAAAUUAGCUGUUAAAUGCGCAAAGUUAACACGUCCAUUAUUUUAUGUAUUCAUAGUAUUCUUUUUAACUAUUGGUGUGUACAUUAACUGGUCCUUAACUCGUCUAUUAGGUGUAUAUCCUUUACUUAUUCUUACAUGUGCACUAUUACCUUGGCUUGGCUUUUGUAUAGCAUCAUUAUUUACAUUAAUUCUACGACAAUCACGUAAAUUAGUUAUUACAGUGGCCUUAGAAACUGGUAUACAAAAUAUUGGUGUUGGAAUACUUGUUUUAUUGUAUACAAUGCCAAAACCAAUUGGUGAAUUAGGUGCUAUCAUGCCAAUUACUGUAGCUAUACUUACACCUAUUCCUUUGUGUCUAAUAUAUUUAGGCUUAGUAAUCAAGCGUAAAUGUUUUGACCAUCAGAAUGAGCCUGUUAUUCAUGAUCCUUGUGAAAUUGAACCCCUCAGUGCCACGAAAAUAAGUAGUAAAUGCAGUAAUGACAUAAUGAACCCACCAACUGAUACCAUUAAAUCACCUACACAAGUAUCGUUAACAGAUACAACUGUUACCAUAAACACCACUGUCCCUCAUGAACGUAUGUAAUAGAACUCGUGUAAAGUCAGGUUGGUGGUGUAUUUCUCACUGCCUUCUAUUUUUGAAUAGCAAUAAUUUUGUAGUGUGAUAAUAUGCAAAUCUUUUUAGUUUUCUAUAGAACCGUUUCAGUUUUAAAUUGAACUUUUCUCAAUUCAUCUAUCAUUGAUCUUAUCAAACACAGUAUCUUACUUUUCUCGUCUUAAAAAAUGUAAUCAGA